UUCCCGAUUCGGCUCCGUCACUGACCAGGUGCAGCAGUGCUCACUUGCCUACUGUUUUUGCAAGUGAGCGCUACGCGCCGGAUUUUCCUCGCCUUUCUUGGCCGUGACCAUGAAUCCCUGCAUUACGAGCAAGGACAGCACAUAGACCUUUGCUGCCAAUCAGCAGACAGUCAAGGGAGGAGGAGAGGAGGGGAUUGCUUGCAAUGAACCUGCCUUGUGAUGUCGAAAUUUCAUGGCUCAGCCAAUUCGUGAAUCUCCGUUUGCACCUCCGCCCGCGCUGCUGCAUGUCGAAGUGUUUUGCUUUACAGGACAAUACAGUACGCCACCCAAUCAGCCGCUGCAUCUUACGCCUCACUAGUCUUCAUCAACGUGCGUUUCCGCUUGAUAUUUCAACGACCCACGCGACGCGACGCCGUUUACCCGGUGAACUGCAGGCCUGCCAUGUCGAACUCGGGCCGCGCGUCAUCUGACGCAUCAUCCUCCCACAACUCCACAUCCCCAGAAAGCCUUCGCCCCCCAGAAUUUUCGAGGACGGGCAGCCCUCAGAAUUCAAAUAAGAAAUUGAGUCAUGAUUCCACCGCUUCUACUCCCUCUUCGUCGUCUUCUUCUUCCGGAAAUCCCCCGCCGCGCGCCAAGCCUCGGCCUUCCGCUUCCUCGUCAUUCCCUCCCCCGUCGCCUGCUGACGUGGCGUCGUUGCGGGAGCAGUGGAAGUACGCGCUGCGGAUGUACAGUGUACAGUACGCGAACGCCUGGGGAGGCGUGAUUGCAGCGGGGGUGUGCCUAUACGGGCUGGGGUGGUAUAUCAAAGGGGAGGAUCCCUUGCUCGACUUCAGGAGGCAGGAGCGGCGAGAAAAAGGGAGGAGAGGGGAGGAGAGUGGGGGAGGAGUAGAUUCUGCGCCAACGGGUGGAGGAGGAUAGGACAGGGAUAAGGGACACGUGUACCAUGUCAAACGGGUUGAGGGCGAAGAGUUCAUUUUCCAGGCGGCUACAAAGACGAUGAGGGUGAAGGGGAUGAGAGGGAUGAUGAGGGUGAAGGGGAUGAGAGUUGGGUUUUGUCAGUCACGGGCUCACGGCAGGCAGCAAGGACUGGACUGGAGCUUCAACAACAUGUUUCAUACCAGUAUCAUGCCAAGCUUUUUGAGAAGCCUGAAAAAACGUCUUUUGAGGCGCCUCAAAAAUCACGGCGUGCAGCAAGGACUGGACUGGAACUUCAACAUGUUUCAUAUCACGCCUUGCCUUAGAAUGGACAGAAACCAUGGUACCAGUAACUAGUGAUAGGGUAGGGUUCACCCAAUGUGGCCUGGUCAUCAAUCCCCUUUUUGCCUGGACUGAAAUCAAAGUGACACCUGCAAGUAGAGUACUGAGGGAAUCGCCUAUAUGUUUGCUCCAAGGUCCUUCAAAAGCUGGGUUUUGUUGUUUAAGAUACAAGAAUUGAAGUUAUAUGCU